AUGUCCAACCACAGAUACAACUCUUGGCUCAAGACCAAGAAGAAGGGCGAACUCGAGAAUCUUGCCGAGUCUGUUGGUCUGUCAGAUAUCGACGGCUACAAGAAAGACGACCUUGGUGUGGCUCUUGAUAACUUCCUCACUGAGAACUCGACGCGCUUUCUAGCCAACCCCGAGCUCGCUGGCUACUUCAACAGUCGCUCUAAGGCCCAAGGAUCUCCUGUCAAGAAAGAAGUGUACCGUGAAGAUGCCCUGAAGGUAGUCCGAAGACGGCCUUCCAAGGCCGUAGAAGAAGUAACCCCCGAAAGCGACGAUGCCUCAUCUCCCCAAGCUCCAUCGACAGCACUCGUCGAGACUCCUGGUCGCGCUCUGUCCGAGGUCGCAUCGCGCAUCGCGCUUCCAGCGACUCCCGCUGAUGUUGCUCUCGCUGUUGAUCGCUCCACUAGUAUUGUGCGCCAGCGCGUCUCGUCACUUUACGAGGAGAGUGGAAUCACCGAGGUCAGUCAUGCGACUCGCGACACUCUCAGUACCGUCACCAGCAUCCUAUUCUGUGUCGCGGGCUGGGAGCUUUGGAACGUUCGACGCGAAAUUCUGAGCAAUGUUUACGCGUUUACAAUUCCCGCCAUCAGCACACUCGGUACAUCGGACUACCCUGUCUAUGUUCCCGAUAUGUUCCUUCUUCUGACGUCUAGCUUUUGGUCUCCAGCCUUGACUUGGAUACUGACCAGCGUCAUCAUCCCCUCUUUUGCUGGUUACUUCUUCAACCUGAGCGCGACAAGCCCCCCACCUUCGCGCGGACGCCCUCGCCCAAGCCAUGCGGACUAUGUUGUCGAUCCCUUGACUUUCAGCAUCGUCAAAGCCUUGGUUUCAUUCGUUGUUUACGGGCAAGGCGUUAAUUUUGGCGGUCUUCUGAAUGACCUGUCUAUAAUGCGCCUCGAGAACGCCAUCUAUGGCGGCUAUAAGGGUAUCCUGACCGGUACUGCUGUCACUGCCGUGGUCAGCAUUUAUGAUGCCGUUCUGAGGAAGUAA